AUUAAAUGAGCUACGGGUGUGAAACGGCGUGUACGAAUUCUACUGCAGAAGUGUAAGUGUAUUGAUGGUGUCAAAGAUCGUGCAUAGUUCAAACAGGGAUCUUAAUAAAUAACAAAACAUCAUUGUAAUUUAAAGUGGAUAAAAUGAUGUUGAAAUAGACAAAUCAGUGAAAUAAUAAUCGCAAAUACGUUAAGUCCACCCAUCGAAGCUCUGUUGUAUCACGAAAUCUUAAAAGAACACAACGAAGAAUAAAAUAAAUGCUAAAUUAUUAUUCUCUGUAGUGAUCUAUUAGUACGUUUAUAAUAAUAUUACAUCUUCGAUUUAUUCUCAAGACAAUAUCUUCUACUCUAAAUAUAAACUAUCGAUUAUUUCGAUCUAUACAAUAAUAUUGAUUUAAUUUCGCAAUACUCAAGAUGGAAGGCAACUGCCUCUAUUGUCUUCUUCAUCCUACAUUUUCGUUAUCUAUACCUUUUGGAGAUAUCCUUGUCGAACGAUGUAUCUGUCAUCAGCUGACUCCAACACAAUCUAAUUUCGUAUCAAUUCAUGCAAAUUUCGUGCAAUUGGUGAUAAUAAGCCACUCUCUGAUGCUUUUUUUUCUCACCACUUUGCGACGAAAGACAACAUUAUCGCUUGCAGCCCAAUUGUUAGAGAUGAAAAAGUCAAUUCUCAUUAUAUGACAGGAAUAUUUUUUUGUGUUUCUUGGGGUUCCGUUCUCCUAAUUUAAAUUGGCAGAAAACAGAAGUUGCGCUUUAACAUGAAGAUACCCGAUUACGAAGGAGAAAUAGAAAAAGUACGAUAUUACCAACGUAUUGCAAAUUAUACUAUCGGAAUCGCUUACGCUUUUCCGAUGUGUUUGCUCACAUUUGUCAAUUUGAUCGUAUUCAAAGAAAUUGAAAAAAAUUCAAGCUAUUCGAGGGCCAUCGUCUGCUCUGUAUUUUUCCAAAUUGUCUCAAUUUAUGAGUCUACAAUAUGGAUGUGGCAUGCGCCUGUAGUCAUACUAAUUGGCAUAAUCAUAAACGACAGAUUCAAAGCUUUAUCAGUGCAGUUACAACAGGCGAAAACGCAAUGGCCAAAGAAGAAUAUCGACCGUUUGAUAUCGAAACACGUCGAAUUUUGCGAUGUAAUCGAAAAUAUUAAUGAAAAAUGCAAUAAAUAUGUAUUCGCUUUAUAUGGGCUUAUCCUCUGUCUUGUAUCCUUCGUGAUUUACACAUCAGUAUUUAGAACGGAAGUUCUUCAUCUUCGUGUUAUAAUGUGGAUUGUUACGAUUGUUGUAACCAUGAUAAUAUUUUUCUGCGUGUUUUCAAUUUCACGCUGCGUUUCUUCGAUCUAUGAUUCCUUUCAAGAAAUCAGAAGAAUUACAAGUGCUUAUCUCUCAUUGCAAGAUAAGCUAAAGGUAGGACUAUAUAGAUUACAUUAA